AAAAAAGGUGUUUGUAUGGCCGAGGCGCAUCUGGUCCCUCUAAUUACACAACUCUCCAGGAUCAGCUGUUUGGUCACCUCAUUUUUGUUUUCCCUGCUUUUAUUUAUAACAAUUGCCCAUAUUAACACAUCGCCAGCAUGGACGCCAAGUAGGGAGAGCCAUGGAGACGCUGCCAUGUGCCAACCAGCUGCAGGAGCACCAGCAGCCGCAGCAGCAGCACGUGAAUCUCAGCAUCGACCCGAGUCUGGGUGAGAAUGUGGUCAGCAUUCCCAAGGAGCUGAUCCUCAUCUCGCUGGUCUCCCAGGAGCAGUCGCUCUACAAUCCCAAGCACCCCAACUACCGCAGCACCAAGACCAAGGACGAGAAAUGGCUGGAGAUUGGCAGCAAUGUGGGUUGGUCAGACGCCCAGUGCAAGUCCAAGUGGAAGGCCAUGAGGGAUCAGUACUGCCGGGAGUUGAAGCGCGCCAAGGCCUGCGCCAAGGCGGUAAAGUGGAAGUAUUUCAAGGAGCUGGACUUCCUGCGUCCAUAUGCGCUGGCAAGAAAUUACAGAGGGAAGUCAGGUCAGACUGCGAACGGCGUCGUGGGCACGGUGACCCCCCUAACGUUGCCCAUGACUACUUCCUUUAGCAGCAACAGCAGCAGCCAGAACCUCAACCUCUCCGGCAGCAUUAAAAUUGAGGAUGCCAGUGCAUCCACGCUGCUCGACAGCUGUAGUUUUAGCCCAGCUAGUUCAGCCGAUAAGAAGCCGGCGGCCACUUUCUUGGCCAGCCAUAUUGGAGCCGUGUUGCAGCAGCAGCAGCAGCAACAACAAAUGCACUCGCAGUCGGAAUCCAACUGGAACUAUCUGACGGAUGCGGGAGGCGGUGCUACUCCAUCAAUCAUAGUGCAGUGUGGAACCGCCAACACAAGCACGGUGGUGGACACUCUUUACAACCAAAUAGUCGACUGCGUCAAUGCCGUCAAUCAGUCGAGCUCAGCAGCAACAAUAACUUCUACUGUAUCCACCACUUCAGCAGCGCACAAUCAAUCGACGAACGCCGAGGAGGAGGACGACGACCCCAUUCACACAUUUCUCAACAUGGAGAGCUACUUCGAAAAGGAACUGAUCGCGCUGAUCCAGCAGGAGGACAUGAUCUACAACUACGGCAACGAAAACUAUCGCAAUGCCAAGCUCAAGAUGGAGGUGUGGGAGGAGAUCGCCAGAAAACUUAAGAAGUCGGUGAAACAGUGUCGACUGAAGUGGAAGGCUUUGAGGGACCAAUACGCACGCGAGCACAAGCGCUUGAGGACACUGAUGCACAUAGAUGCCACAUCGCGUUGGAAGCACUAUGACUCGCUCAGCUUUCUUCAGAAGUACAUACAACAGAAGACGCUGGAAAGCGAUCCGCAACUCAGUAUGCUGCUACCCAAAAAUGACCCGGUGAGAGAACUGGAGGAGCAGAUGGCCCACUCUCACUCACCGCCCACGCAGCAGAGCACCAUAGAGUCAUCUUCGUCGAGUUCCCAGCUUAACAUGCCCACCCUGCCUCAUUUGACGGGACCACACAAGGCUGAGCAGCAGCAGCAACAGCAGGAUGAGCAGCAGCAGCAGCAGCAGCAGCAACAGCAGCAACAACAGGCCAGUGAACUGUGUGUGGCCACCUACGAUGACAUGGACAUCGAGAAUUACAUCAACGGGGACGUACCUCAUGACGAUGAUGUGGAAGACGAUGAGGAUGAGGAGAUGGAAGCGACGGCGGAGCAACCUCCUCAGCAGCAGGAUCAGCAUGUAAUGACCUACGAUCACGAAGAUGGACCCGUGUACAUGGCUGUUCCAAGCGUUGGCAGCACCAUGUCCAAGCAAGAGCAGCUCAGCGACGGGGCCACCAGCCUGGAAAAUCAGCAGCUUCAAUCAACUGGCGAGUAUCAAAAGAUGGAGAUACAGACUCCACCCACUUCCAGGUACCUGAAUGCUGCCACUACGCCCAGCUCCACUUCCACAUCUCGCUACCACUCGGCGCCCAUCACGCCCAGCAAGCCCAGCCAUAUGGAGUUCCCGACCAGCAAUGGCCACAACUCCGGAGAGGACGAUGAGAUAGGAGCGUUCUUUAAGGCAGUGUCCAUGAAGAUACGCAAUGCUCAGCUAGAGCCGGUGGCUUUCACCGAACUGCAAAUCGAAAUUCUGCGUGUCAUUAACGAGGCACUGAGGAACCACUAGCACUGCUGGUGACCUUUGGCUACCUGGAGAGGAGUAGUACGCUUGAGCGGACCAUCAACGGUUUCAGGGCGACUCAUUCUAGACAUUAAGUGUUAUUUCAAAGUGUUUUUCUAAUUUCUAGCUGAGUUAAUAUCUUUGUAAAUUGCUUUUAAAUUUCGGAACUUCUAAAGCGAAAAUCAAUUGCUUAACCAGCUCGCGGGCGGAUCUUAAAAUGUUAUUUGUACAUAGACGAAAAUCCAAUAAUUACGGCAAGAAAUAGUGUUUACUAGCUUAGGAUGAUUCCGGUUCCAGCGGAACCGGAACUAAAAUUCAAUUAAUUAUUUAAAUACUUGUAACCAAAUCGAUUGUAACCCAUUCGUACAAUGUCAAAGAAAAAAGGAAAUAUAUUUUUAAAGCAAAUUCCUA